GGCCCGUCGUUGGCGCCAAUGGAGCGGGACCCCCGGUGACCCCCGGUGACCCCUCCGCCCCCCCGCCGCCCGCCAUGGAUAUCAGGAAAUUCUUUGGGGUCGUACCUACGGGAAAGAAACCUGGAAAGGAGGCAGUGAGGAAUGAGAAAACCAAGCUUAAUGAGAGCACAUCCAAAGUGAAAAAAGGAGCAAAGGAAAUCAAGGUAAAAAAGUCGCCUAAUGAAGAUGACUCAAAGCAAAGGCAUUCAAACAAGAAAAAGCGGAUUAUCUAUGACUCAGAUUCGGAACCAGAGGAGACGGUGCCAGUAAAACAUUCCAAAAAGCAAUCGGAAAAACCGCCGCUGCUGUCCAAACCCCGGAAAAGUUCCAGGCGCGAUCCAGUCACAUAUGUUUCUGAGACAGAUGAAGACGAUGACUUUGUCUGUCAGAAGACGUCCCUUAAACCUAAAGAGAACGGGGCGUCUGCAAGUAACCAUCUGAGAGCCUCGUAUACAACAAAGGUCGAAAAUGAGACCCAGGCGAAGACCAACCAUGUGUCAUCAGGAAAACUAACCCCAACAUCAGUGCUCGACUACUUUGGAACCGGGAGUAUCCAGAGAUCGGAAAAGAAGCUCGUGGCAAGCAAAAGAAAAGUACCUUCCCAGAACCUUCUUGAUUUGACAAGAGAUGAUGAAGCCAUAGCUAAGCAGUUGCAGCUUGAAGAAGACUCAGAGUUGGAGAGGCAACUGCACGAAGAUGAGGAAUUUGCCAAGACGUUGGCCCUGCUGGAUGAAGCGCCAAAGAACAAAAAGGCUCGAAAGGAUUCAGAAGAGAAGGAGACAUUUUCACCUAAGAAAACUACUCCAAGCAAAGCAGAAAAGUAUACGCCGUCUCAUAAAGGAGGAAAACCCCGAUUUUCAGACGGCAGUGAGAAUUCCAGGCCGGGGGAGCCAAUUAAGCGGGACGGUUCGGGAGGAUAUCGGUCCCCCAAGCCCCCCGUGGGUCAAGGCGCGCACGGAUCGUCAACUAAGCUCCCCGUUCUGAACAUGAGCUCCAAGCUGGCACUCCUGAAACAAAAGGGAGAGAGCGAAAAGGAAAAAGGGGCUGCUCUCGGGAGAAAAGGAAAUACAGACGUCAGGACAGAAGAGACCAGAUCGCCUAAGAAAAGUAACGUUUCUUCUUCCAAAACAGAGUCUGUAAGUCCAGAAGAUUCGGACAAGAAGCGCACGAAUUACCAGGCUUAUCGAAGCUACCUGAAUCGAGAGGGUCCCAAGGCCUUGGGUUCCAAGGAGAUUCCACAGGGAGCCGAGAACUGCCUGGAAGGUCUGACGUUCGUCAUCACGGGCGUCCUGGAGUCCAUUGAGCGGGACGAGGCCAAGGGUUUGAUUGAGCGACACGGGGGAAAAGUCACGGGCAGCGUCAGCAAGAGGACAAGCUACCUCGUCAUGGGCCGGGACAGUGGGCAGUCCAAAAGCGACAAGGCCUCUGCUUUGGGAACCAAAGUCAUCGACGAGGACGGACUGCUGAACCUGAUCCGGACCAUGCCCGGCAAGAAGUCCAAAUACGAGACGGCGGCAGAGGCUGAGGUCAAGAAAGAAAAAUCAAUCCUGGAGAAGACACCACAAAAAGCCAACCAGGGCAAGAGGAAAGCUACCCCCAACAGGAAGGCCAGUGGAUCGAAAAAGGGCAAAUGGACUCCAGAAAAAGACGACGUCCCGAACGCCUCCAAAAGGGACACCAGCAGCUCGAGGAAGGGCCUAGACUUCCAGCAAAUGGCCGGGGAGGAGAAGACGUGCGUCCCGCGGGCCGGGCGCCUCGCUGACCCGGCCAGAGCCGAGGCUUUGCUGUGGGUAGAUAAGUACAGGCCCACCUCUCUUAAGACCAUAAUCGGACAACAAGGGGACCAGAGCUGUGCCAACAAACUGUUGCGCUGGCUCAAAAACUGGCCCAGGACCUCACCGGAAGAGAAGAGACACGCCAAGUCCGGUAAGUUCGUGGGCAGAGACGAUGGCUCCAGUUUCAAGGCCGCGUUGCUUUCGGGCCCCCCGGGAGUUGGCAAGACCACCACGGCUUCUUUAGUGUGUGAGGAGCUGGGGUACAGUUUUGUGGAGCUGAAUGCGAGUGACACCCGAAGUAAAAACAGCCUGAAGGAGAUGGUUGCCGAGUCCCUGAAUAACACCAGUAUCAGAGGCUUCUGUUCCGGUGCCGUCCAGGCCGGGGGCGGGAAACACGCCCUGAUCAUGGACGAGGUGGACGGAAUGGCGGGCAACGAAGACAGGGGAGGAAUCCAGGAACUCAUCGGCCUGAUUAGACAGACCAAGAUCCCCAUCAUCUGCAUGUGUAACGACCGGAACCACCCCAAAAUUCGCUCCUUGGUUCAUUACUGCUUUGACCUACGCUUUCAGAGGCCCCGCGUGGAACAGAUAAAGGGAGCGAUGAUGUCUAUUGCGUUCAAAGAGGGGCUGAAGAUCCCCCCGCCUGCGAUGAAUGAGAUCAUCUUGGGAGCCAACCAGGACAUCCGGCAGGUUCUACACAACCUCAGUAUGUGGUGUGCGAAAAGUAAAGCUCUCAACUAUGACCAGGCCAAGGCCGAUUCCAACAGAGCCAGGAAGGAUAUCAAACUGAGCCCGUUUGAUGUUGCCCGGAAGGUGUUUGCGGCUGGAGAGGAGACCGCUCGCAUGUCCUUAGCGGACAAAUCGGACCUGUUCUUCCACGAUUACAGCAUCGCACCCCUCUUUGUCCAAGAAAACUACGUUCACGUGAAACCUGCAGCCGCCGGGGGGAACAUCAAAAAGCACUUGAUGCUGUUGAGCAGAGCAGCAGACAGUAUAUGUGAUGGAGACCUGGUGGACAGGCAAAUCCGGAGCAAACAAAACUGGAGCCUCCUGCCCACCCAGGCCAUCUACUCAAGCGUCCUCCCCGGGGAGCUGAUGCGAGGCUAUAUGACCCAGUUCCCCAGCUUUCCCAGCUGGUUGGGGAAACACUCUUCCAGGGGCAAGCACGACCGCAUCGUCCAAGAGCUGGCCCUGCACAUGAGCCUGCGAACCCACUCCAGCAAAAGAACGGUGAACCUGGAGUACCUGCCCCACGUGCGGGACGCCCUGGUCCGACCCCUAACGGGCCGCGGGGCCGAAGGGGUGCAGGAGGCCGUGGCCCUCAUGGACACCUAUCACCUGCUGAGGGAAGACUUCGAAAACGUCAUGGAGAUAAGCAGCUGGGGCGGGAAACCAAGUCCCUUCUCUACGGUGGAUCCCAAGGUCAAGGCAGCCUUCACCCGCGCCUACAAUAGAGAGGCCCAUCUCACGCCGUAUUCGCUCCCCGGGAUAAAGGUGUCCAAGCGAGGGCCGGGGCCAGCCCUGGAGGGGGAAGCGGGUGAAGAGCUGAAUGAAGACGAAAGCCACUCUGAAGAGCAAGACCAGGAUUCCGUGGAGGCCGACGCGAUGAUCAAGAAGAAGACCAAGUCUUCAAAGCCAUCGAAGCCGGGAAAGCACGAGGACCCCAAAAAGUCAAAGGGAAGAGGUCCUCGCCAAGUGUGAAUAAACUUGAGUUUCCCGUGCCGCUGACUAGCUGCUUUUGGACUCCGCCUGCUCACACUGCCGCCCGCCCAUCAUCCCCUCCCAGAGAAAGCUUGUCCCCGAGGAGACGUCAGCGGAGCGACGGUCAAGUUGGGGUUGGGAGGGGGUUCUCCCCCCGACCCCGGGUGAGAACUGUGAGCACUUUGCUGCUCUUCUGGAGGUGAGGGGCCGGCCCACCGCCCCACGCCAGGGCGUCCUCGCCCUCGGCUACGGCCGUGACCACCUCGCCUCAGGUUGGGGCUGAGGGAGGAGGACAACAGGCUCCGCUGGGACUGCCCACCUUGAGGUCCCCGGAGCCUCGUGGCCUCUUUUUGACUAGUUGCUAAAACCUUGUAAAUAGGCACAUUGGAAGCACCGCCUUGCGGCUUGGGGGUUUCUUUUGUACAUUGUCAAAUAAGCUACAAUAAACCUGCAAGAAAACCAGCUUCCCAAGACCCGU